AUGUUCCUAAGAUGUUUUCUGCGGAGCCAUGUACUUGAUGGAAAGUGUCAUGGCGGAUAUGUCAAGAAAAGUUGAUUUGUGAUUGGAAUGUGUCUUGAUUUCGGCAACAAUCUGCUCCCGAUGUGAAUAUAUAGUCAGUAACAGGCCAUUGUCAUCUGCCGCGUGGAAGGUGUUUCCUUGUAACCUUGAUGAUGAUGGUGAUGAUGAUAAAAGCGAAAAGAUCAGUCUGAAAACAGGUGUUGACGAUGAAAGUGAACUGUAACCGGCACCAACUGUAGACAAUGGGAGCUAACUCCUCCCUACCUGAGAGGACACAGGCUUCUGCAAGGUCUGCCUUUGCCCGCCUCUCUCAGGCCUAUGUUGUGUCCGACGGUGAACUUAGUGCACGCGACAAGAAGAAAAAAACAUCCAAAUUUGCCACACUUCGUAAGAAGCUGAUACGAGCAAGACGGCACAGUCGAUCAUUGGAUUAUGGCAAGGCAUUACGAGAAUUAAUUUCCACAUGGCAUGUUCGUGAUAUAAGUGCAUUGGUUCAUGAGUACGAGGCUCUUGCAGCAUUGAAGGAGUUGGCAGCAGCUGCAAGUCUUGCUCGACCCAUUGCCCACACCCUACGCCAGGACCUGGCAACACUCUAUGAAUACAAAUUUUGCACUGAUGUGGAUUUGAUAUAUCGUGGAGCCUGUUUUCCAGCUCACAGGUCAAUCCUGUCAUUGAGAAGUCCAUUUUUCAGGAACCUUUUGUCUCACCAUCCAGACUAUGGUGCAUCAGUACUGGUAAAGUUGAAAACACCAAGAGUGGAUAUUCAUUUGUUUUCAGCCUUGUUACGGUAUCUCUACACAGACGAGCUGAACACACAAGAACUGAGUAUAGAGACAAAUGAGAUCCUGCCACAACUUGCGGAGGAGUUUGGGAUACCUAAUCAGCUGGAACAUGAUCUAAAGGUGCUGCUGGACAACAGUGAAAACAGUGAUGCUGUGUUAGUCUUUUCCUCUGAGAAUGACCAGGCUGAAAUGCUCGGGGCCAGUCUGGCUGAGGCCUCACAAUCUAUGCAUUGUUCUAACCGGACUUCAAAGUUGGAGUUCCCUUGCCACAAAGCCAUCUUGGCAGCAAGGUCUCCAUUUUUCAGGAACUUGAUCAUCAGACGAGCUCGAUCUGGUGAGGAACUGACAGAACGGGCUCUGCAUACCCCAUCUAGGAUAGUAUUAGACGAGUCUGUGAUCUCGCGGCGGUAUGCAAGGGUUCUGCUUAACGCAGUGUACCAGGACACAGUGGACCUGUCGUGUAUUGUGCGAGGUAGUUCCAGCAUGUGCAGUCUCAGUGAGGUCCAGGCAAUGGUGUCCAGUGGGCGGUGUCAGAUGACCAUAGUAGACGAAGCAAUGGAGAUCUAUCAGAUAGGACAGUUCCUUGACUUCCCUGUUCUAUCUCAGGGUUGUGAGGACAUCAUCGUGGACAGCCUGUCAUUAGACAACCUGACGGCGGUAUUGAACUGGAGCUCUGAGCCCCAUGGGUCGCGCUGGGUCCACCGACAAGCCAUGAACUUCCUAACAGAGGAGUUCCUGCAGCUGGCCCACUCACCUGGCCUGGUGGACCUCAACAAGGAGUACCUCCUGGAGGCCCUGCGCUCCGACUUCCUGCAGGUUGGGGAGCUGGAUGUCCUGACGUCAGUGUUGAAGUGGGGGGAACAUCAGCUGGUUCGGCGAAUCGAGGAAAGAGAACCCAAUCUCCUGAGUCACACAGCGCACAGUGUCACAAAGAAGGGUGUCAAGAAACGGGAUCUAAAUGAUGUCGAGUUGAGAGACAUUUUGGCAGAAAUGCUGCCAUUGGUCCGAAUGGAUCAUGUGAUACCUUAUAACAAUGACACUUUGAACAAUGCUAUCAAGCGUGGCCUUGUGAGCACCCCUCCUUCCCACAUGAUCGGUGAUGAGUCGACAGGGCAGAGAAUGUGUGCCUGGGUGCGUGGCAAGAACAACGGAGUGUUUGUCCGACCACGGUUAUUUACUCCAUACUACGAGGAGGCCAAGUCCAUCCUUGAGGAGCAGCUGUCUCAGGCCCACGAGCAGGAUGCAGGCCGGGUGCGGAUGCUCAACAUUUCAUCCAUCCCAGACACACUUUACAUGGUAGAGGACAGACACUAUGCCAUGCCCUAUGCCCUGGCCCCAGCUUCUACUGUCGAUAUCAUAGCAGGGACUAUACCAGUGCCUGACCGAAAUACAUACGUGACGAUGCUUCAACGAGAGGCAGAGCUACAGAGAUCAAAAGUUGCUCAACGUGCAUACUCCCUGCCCUGUUCCGACAAGCGGGCAGUGAGCUUCCAGAUACAGCUUCGGUUGUUGCGUGAGUUUGGCAUGCCGGACAGCACAACGGAAGUGAUGACCAACAGCCAAUACUACUACACAGAGGACAACACCCACUAUGCUGAGAGGCGGUACAUCGCGUCCCCCACACGGCAGAAGCACAGUCCAGCAGUCUCACUGUCUCCCCCUGGAUCAUACAGCCCUGUAGAGAAUGAAGCCAGCAGUGACAGUGUUCUCAGUGACAUGAUGCCAGACAUUGCCAUGGCAACUUCCUCCAUGAGUCAAAUGCACAUGCAUGAAGACUUUGAACUAGACAUUGGUGAUGGAAGCAGUCGGCAUGGGACUCUGUACAUCUGACAGAGUUGCUUCCCUUUCUGUAGGUGGUGGCCAACACCUUAGACACAGACUGACAGAUCAACCAGAAGGGGAGAGCCCACAUGAAAGCAUGAUCUGCUAGGAAUGUCAACUUCAUACAAACUACAAGGCACUGAUUGGAUUAAUCACAAACCAUGAGAUCACUGUGAUCACUCUGUUAUUGUGUGAAAUGGGAUGGAAUUUCUGAAGACUACAGUAUCUUGCUAAGGAAAGGACAACUAGAUGUGAAUAUAAUGGCCAAAGGAUGCAUUACCAAUGUAUGUGAAGGCUCAAGCAUAGGUGUGUCCAAUAUUUCAUGACUGAUUUAUGUGAUCACAAAGGGUUCUGUUUGGGACUUUCUCAUAGGUUUACAUGCCAUUUCCAAAUGUGAUUGUUUGAUGUGUGUCAACGUCAUCUACAGACCCUUCAAGUGGACUAUCAGAAACUUUAGAAAGCUACCUUGAUUUAGGUGUAUUGAAGUAAUUCAACAUUGCUUUGGCAAUAUCUGCCAUCUAACGGGGAUUUUCAAGAAGUAAGGAGAAAGGUAGAUUUGAAUCAGAUGGACCAUAAUAGAAGCAUGAGCUCUUAGAAAAUUACAAGGAAUAAGCUAAUGAAUAUAUGUUAAAUCUUAUAGAUAUAUAAUAGAUUUUAAAGGGAUAAUCUGAAAUAAGAAUCAUUGUUUAAGUGGACAUACAUUUAAAAUCUAAAGUAUUUAGACUAAGUGCUAAUUUUGUCUGUAUGAGUAAGAUAAGGACGGACAUCAGACAUGUAUCACAUGUGGAAAUGAUGUGUAACCUGUUAACACAGCCCUUUUUUGAGUGGCAUUUAGAAGCUGGUAUGAUGAACAGGAAUGAUUUUUAUGGAUAGACACCUUCUUUAUUG